AUGCAGGUUGAAUCCGAACCUAUCCUAGUACAAGGACAAGAAGACUGGAUUGAAGACUAUGAAGAGGAGCAGUUAGACUAUGAACCAUAUGCAGAUGACCAGAUUGGACUCCUCGAACUAGAGAACUGGACAGAGGAGUAUGGGGAAAAACAGAUGGAAUAUGAUGGAGAACUAGAUGAGGAAAUUGAGGGCAGUAGAAGGACAAGAAAACACUUUGGAAGGAGACGUGUUCUCCCAGGAAAGCUUUGA